AUGGCAGAUGACCCCAGUGCUGCUGACAGGAAUGUGAAGAUCUGGAAGAUCAAGAAGCUGAUUAAGAGCUUGGAGGUGGUCUGUGGAAAUGGCACAAGCAUGAUAUCAUUGAUCAUUCCUCCCAGCCCAGCCGGGCGUGGCUCAGCGUGGGCAAAAAUAUUAGCAGAUGAGUUUGAAACUGCAUCUAACAUUAAGUCACUAAUAAACCGCCUUUCAGUCCUGGGAGCCAUUUCAUCUGUACAACAAAGACUCAAACUUUAUAACAAAGUACCUCCAAAUGGCCUGGUUGUUUACUGUGGUACAAUUGUAACAGAAGAAGGAAAGGAAAAGAAAGUCAACAUUGACUUUGAACCUUUCAAACCAAUUAAUACAUCAUUGUAUUUGUGUGACAACAAAUUUCAUACAGAGGCUCUUACAGCACUACUUUCAGAUGAUAACAAAUUUGGCUUCAUUGUAACAGAUGGUAGUGGUGCACUUUCUGGCGCACUCCAAGGAAACACAAGAGAAGUCCUGCACAAAUUCAUUGUGGAUCUCCCAAAGAAACAUGGUAGAGGAGGUCAGUCAGCCUUGCGCUUUGCCCAUUUAAGAAUGGAAAAGUGACGUAACUCUGUUCGGAAAGUAGCUGAGACUGCUGUGCAGCUGUUUUUUUCUGGGGACAAAGUGAAUGUGGCUGGUCUUGUUUUAGUUGGAUCUGCUGACUUUAAAACUGAACUAAGUCAGUCUGAUAUGUUUGAUCAGAGGUUGCAACCAGAAGUUUUAAAAUUAGUUGAUAUAUCCUAUGGUGGUGAAAAUGGAUUCAACCAAGCUAUUGAGUUAUCUACUGAAGUCCUCUCCAACGUGAAAUUCAUUCCAGAGAAGAAAUUAAUAGGACGAUACUUUGAUGAAAUCAGCCAGGACACGGGCAAGUACUGUUUUGGAGAUGAAGAUACACUAAAGGCUUUAGAAAUGGGAGCAGCAGAAAUUCUAAUAGUCUAUGAAAAUCUGGAUACAAUGAGAUACGUUCUUCAUUGCCAAGGCACAGAAGAGGAGAAAAUUCUCUAUCUAACACCAGAACAAGAGAAGGAUAAAUCUCAUUUCACAGACAAAGAGAUAGGAAAAGAACAUGAACUAAUUGAGAGCAUGCCCCUGCUGGAAUGGUUUGCUAACAACUAUAAAAAAUUUGGAGCUACUUUGGAAAUUGUCACAGAUAAGUCACAAGAAGGAUCCCAAUUUGUGAAAGGAUUUGGUGGAAUUGGAGGUAACUUGUGGUACCAAGUAGACUUCCAGGGAAUGGAAUACCAAGGAGGAGAUGACGAAUUUUUUGACCUUGAUAACUACUAG